ACGUGUGGUUUGUUUACCUUUACAAUUCGCCAUGCUUCCAAUGAAUUACAUCGCUCUACUCGUGUCGUUUCUGGCAAUUUAUUCAUAUUAUCGACAUCAGCAACAACUUCUACUUCUUCUUUGCUAUUGGCAAUUUAACGUAAUUCACCAGAACGUCAUUUUACAACGCAUAAAUCGGCGAAGACAACGUUUAUUUCGACCAUACUGGGUUUUGCCUCGGCCAUUGCAGUCAUGGUUUGAAAUUCAUUACCGCCAAAGAAUAAUUCCCGAGAAUUUUUUUUAUCGCCAGAUGAGAAUGAAACGCGUAUCGUUUGACUUGCUGUUGGCAACAAUUACGCCAUAUAUACGCCGGCAAAACACGAGAUUCAGGAACUGUAUUCCUCCCGAGAAAAUAUUAGCUGUAGCUCUCUAUCGAUUAGCGCACGGUGGCGGAUAUGAGAACGCUGGAGUGGCCAUGAAUGUUGGACGUUCUACUGCUUUGGAAGCAUUUGAAGACGUUGUAAACUCUUUGUAUGCACUAAGGAACGAAUACAUAAAAUUCCCGUCCACAAUAGCUGAGACGCAAGAUUCAAUCGAAACCUUUGAACUGCUAUCCGAACUUCCAAACAUCGCUGGAGCGAUUGACGGAACGCACAUAAAAAUUAAAGCACCACAAGAAAGCAAAGCUGAUUACUGGAGCCGCUAUUCACAAUAUGAUGUUGUGUUUCACGACUCUCGAGUUUUGCGUAACACUGGAAUUUAUGAAAAAGCUGAACGUGGGGACGUGCAUUUAUCGACAGGUCUGUUGUUGUUAUAUUUAUUGUUCAGUUCGUCGACGAGUUUUGCCCAGUAUUUUCGCGAAUCUUUGCUUUCGAGUCGUUCAUGAUAUGAUACCCACAGGUUAAUCAAAUACGUCUCCUCUUCUUUCUCGAAACUUUCAGUCUUUUUUGCUUUACUUGGUGCUGGCGCUUUGCCGCCUUUAUCAAGUUGUUGCUUGUUCGCUUGUUGGUUGUUUUGCGGCACUUGUUGGUUUGCUUGUAAAGGCUGAAGCGGUGGAUUCUGUACUUCAUGUGGUUGCUCUACAAUUUGAGACUGCGAUUGACCAUAAAUACCAGCAGGAUCAAACACUUGUGAGCCAUAAUAGUUGAAAUAAUAGUCCCGAGGAAAGUACGCCAUGUUGUGACCUCGAUUCACUCUGCGAAGAUGAACUUUCCCGCGCAAUUCGAUCACGUUGGGUUAUCAAGUAGGGUGAUAAUUGACAAAGCUGUCAUGUUCGACAUGAUUUUGACGUUUGGCCUAGUUUUGUAGGGCUCCAAACCUCCCCAGCGGCGUCUUUGUAGUUUGGCCUGGCCGAACAAAUUUUGUCUCAGCCGAACAAACGCAUCCGCACUUGUUUCUUACAGUUGAUGACAGAAUUUGUGUCUAAAUAAACAAGUUUUGUACAAGUGCGGAUGGGCCCCAAGCAAGCUUUACAUGCUCCAUAGGUUUUGUCAUUAAACUAAUUUAUUUAGAAAUUCAGCAUGGCUUAGCUUGUUGCAUGAAAUUCUACAUGGCUUAGCUUGUUGCCAUCAAACAAUUGCGCUAAGACUAAUCCCGUCUGAUGUUGUUUGGUAAACCAAUGAUUUGUAGUUGUUUAUUUUUUCAUGGGUGGAUCUACAGCGGAAAGUUAUACGUGGCUGAUAUUAGUCAAGAUAGAAGAUAGUCUGUGUAAUACGGGAAGGGUAAUAAUCGCAGCGGGCACGUAGAGAUAGGGGGUUGGCGUACGUGGCUGCGCACCCCCUGAUCUCGAACACAAACACGCAGUCCUUUAGUUUUCAGAAGUAGACAAAUCUCAGCAUUUUCGCGUAUAAUAUCUAACGACUUCACAACCCAACAUUGCAGAUUAAACCUUUACCAUGAAAAUAAUAAUAAUUUAAUCGAAUUUCCCAAUAUCGGAGAUUAAGCUAAUAUCGGAGUGAUUAUGUAAGAAGCCACGAAACGACUUGCUGAUUAGCUGUUCUUGUUUAUAUUUUCUCUUACAGGACUAAAUUCUCGCCCUUUUAUGUCUCCUUAUCUAAAACGUUUCUAAUGGUAUGAUAAUAUGUCCUUAGAAGACAAAAUAAACAAGGCAAUUACUGCAUCAUUCAGACCAUAAGACUCCUUGUAAAUUAAGUGCAAAGACACUCUAACAUAGGCUUUAGCACCUUUUCUAUCUGAUCGUCUAAGAAACGUGCAAACAUCGUUUUUUAAAAUCUCAAACAAAGCAUUAAAGGAUUAGACAGUAAGUACUCGAUGCUAACAAAGCAAUAAAGGCAGACUUUUAUUCA